CCGCCGAGCUCGCCACUCGCGCCGCCGGGGAGCCCGGUGACCUCUCGGCCGCCCCGCCUCGGAGGCUCAGAUGGCUCAGGCGAAGAUCAACGCGAAAGCCAACGAGGGGCGCUUCUGCCGCUCCUCCUCCAUGGCCGACCGCUCCAGCCGCCUGCUGGAGAGCCUGGACCAGCUGGAGCUCAGGGUGGAAGCUCUGAGAGAAGCAGCCACUGCUGUUGAGCAGGAGAAAGAAAUCCUCCUGGAAAUGAUCCACAGUAUCCAGAAUAGCCAGGACAUGAGACAGAUCAGCGACGGAGAGAGAGAAGAAUUAAAUCUGACGGCAAACCGUUUGAUGGGACGAACCCUCACCGUUGAAGUUUCAGUAGAAACCAUUAGAAACCCCCAGCAGCAAGAAUCCCUAAAGCAUGCCACAAGGAUUAUUGACGAGGUGGUCAGUAAGUUUCUGGAUGAUCUGGGAAACGCCAGGAGUCACUUAAUGUCGCUCUACAGUGCAUGUUCAUCUGAGGUGCCCCCUGGGCCAGUUGAUCAGAAGUUUCAAUCCAUCGUAAUUGGCUGUGCUCUUGAAGAUCAGAAGAAAAUUAAGAGAAGAUUGGAGACUCUGCUUAGAAAUAUUGAAAACUCUGACAAGGCCAUCAAGCUGUUAGAGCAUUCUAAAGGAGCUGGUUCCAAAACUCUGCAACCAAAUGCUGAAAGCAGAUUUAAUUAGUUUUCGAAUCUAAGAGCACUUAUAAAUAAUGACGUAAAAAUGAUAAAAUACUAUUUUAAGUGAUAACUAGUUCUUUGUUAGGCAUAACAACUCAUUUGAUACUGAUAGUUGCUUCGGAAAAGGAAAAUAUUCCGGUGUCAUCAGUUUUGUGAAUAACAGUUAAAACCAGAAGUAUUUUAAUUAUCUUUCUAGAAUUUUUAGAUUGAAUUCUUGUCUUGUACUAGGAUCUAGCACCUAAUACAUAUAUUUUUUUAUUAUUCUGUGGGAAAAGUAAGUGCUCGGCUGGGGGCGAAAGCGUCACUGUUCCUUCCUUGGCUUGUCUGGCUCGGAGACACACGGGCACACGGGCAUUUGGCUGACCAGCAAUGCUUUACCUUAAGCAGCACAUACUUCCUACACAUCCAGUUAACCAAGCAGUGUGCUUAGAGGGAUAAAAGGAAGCACAAAGUAAGAACCCUUCCCUACAUCUUCUUUUACUCAGUAGGUUUUUUAGACAUCUGUAUCAAAUUAUUUUCAACUUAAAGAUUUAUGCCUCUCAUAAUGUAAAUGUAUUUCUUGAUAUACAUGAAAACAUGACAUAAAAUGCAAGAGGAUUACCUCUAAUUUUACCACUGUGAACAACUAUAUAGCCAGUUCAUCUUUUUCCAAAUGCAUCAUUUCUCUAAAUUUUUAAUCAUUACAGAAAUAUGAUGAUGUACCUUGCCUUUAAAAAAAGUUAAAUGCAACUAUAAAGUCUGUUUAAUUGUCAACUUUAAAACUUCCAUUCUGGGUAGUUGUACAGUUUACUUACCCAUUCUCCUUACUGGACAUAUAGGUUGUUUCCAAUUUGUUGCUUAUUACUGCAACAUAUUUAUGUACAUAGAGCUUUUCCCUUCUUUUGUUUCUGAUUUUCUUUGUAUAAAUUCCCAGCAGUGGGAUUUACUGGGUCAAAGGGUAUAUACAACAUUUUCAUGGCUUGACAUACUACCAAAUUUUUUUUGUAUGAGUUAUAUCAAUUUAUACUGUCUUCAAUAAUUAAAAUGUAGCUAUUUCACUGAAAGCUUUCCAGCAUUGAGCAUUAUUUUUUUCUAAUAGCCAUGGAACAACUUACUUUAUUCUGCAUUUUGUUUACUAACAAGGUAGACCAGUGUAUUGAUUAUUCCUUUGUGCUAAUUGAAGCAACUAUAGAACACUUUUAUUUGUUCAAAGUAACUAGUGCUAUUGAUACACAAAAUCUCAACUUCCCCCAAAACUACUUCAAAAUGAAUACAUCAAACUCAAUUUUCAUUAGAAUGUAGAUAUUCUUUCACACUGGAAAAAAAAGUCAAGAUCCAGAUUGAUUUUAUAUAUUUAUAUCUCUCAAUGCAAACAACACUGAGCUUCAUUUUCUGGACAAAAAUGCCAAAUUAGUCUCUCGUCAUAAAAAGCAAUUACAAUCUGAGGACAUUCAUGGUUGUUUUGGUUGCCAGCCCCCCUCUGCCUCAUUUAAAUCUUUCCAUUUUGUGGGAAACAGUCUCUGUGAUAACUGGGGCAAAGCCUCUUGAUUUGUCAGUAGACGCUAAUUUGCUAUCAUAAGGCUCCCUGUCAGAUAAAGACUUUUUGUGUGCCAUCUUUUUAUGUCUUUUGAAAAUAAGGAGGCAAUCAAGUUUUCCUCAAGUUCUCAAGGACUGUCAGCAUCUGUAAAUCCCUUCCACUCUUCUCCUUCACUCCAUGUUAGCCUAAGACUUUUCCUAACACAAAACAUCCCGGCUCUGUCUCCUCAACCUUUGUAUUCUUCGCAAUUUCUUAACCAUUUUUUGUGAUGGAGGUUUACUGGAGGCCAUUCAUUAUCACAGACUUGAAAGGCUGUGAUCUACACUCUCCAAGCAGCUGUAGUCCAGGUCUGCAGCGUCUCCACCCUCUACCUCCAGCUUGAGCCACAUUCCAAGGUGGGGCCCUCAAGGUGUUGAUUCUUAACAUUUAUUUUAUUUAUAAGAAUGGAAGUGUAUUAUUUUCAAAUGAUGAAACUCCCAAGAGUCACAUUUUUACCUUCACUUAAACUGUCAUGUUUUAUCUAGAUAACAGAUUGGGACUACAAGGGACUUCAGAGUAGAUGUUUUGCCUUAUGUUGAUACAUUGCCUGACAGCCCUGUCCAAAUUCCAUACCAUUCCUAGAAUGUAGCAGUCUUAGGAUAGCCCUUCUGCAUCCCUCAUGAGCACUGCAUCCCAGCAGUGUUCCCAUCCCCAUUGUGCCUCCUCUCCUGGUGUGUGUGUAGCCAGCAGGGCCUGCAGGGGAGUUGACAGAGGAGCACUCAAUGUUCACCAAUUGAGGACAGACUGACCACGCUGCCUGGUUAAAACUCUGCCAGAUGUAGAACUGACCCUUCUGGUAUUUUAAUAUAGGAACUCCUGACAUUGGAAAAAUCCCUAAAGCUUUCAGAGGAAUGGGAAGGGGAGAGCUAACAGGAAAGAAUGUGAACUGGUGGCUUCCAGCUGGCCAGGCUUCACUCUCAGUACAGCACUGCGCCCCCCAGGGGGCACUAUCCACACUAUCCCACAUGCACAGUGUCCUCCCUGUAAUUUAAUGAGACAUUAGCCAAGUGAGGUAUCAUGCAGAGGGACACGAGUGCAGGCACGGUCCUUUGUAUUCAAGGAGCUCCGUCUAGCGCCCUGACUCAAAAUGCUUGGAAUUCACCUAAAGAGGUGAUUACUAAUUAGAGAACUCUGCUUCGACAUUUUAAAAUUGGAAAACAUGAAAGAAUUUACCAACCACAGAAAGUAGCAGAGUAAGGAUGUGGCAAACUAAAUUACAUGUAAUGAUUUUUAACUAGGAAACAUGCAGGCAUUUGUCCCUUUCAAAGGACUGAUGGUAACAGAUGCUGAUAUACUUGGAGUACAUUUAUGUGAUGAUGCUAUUUUUGAUGGCUGGAUUUUACAAUUAUUCAAAGACAAAAAUGAAAGUAAAACCUGAGAAUUCUGGAAAAGAAAGGCAACAAGGACAUCAGUGAGCUUGAAAUUCUUUGUGUGUGUGUCUCCUCCUACAACAAGCAAGCCAACUGACACAGACCUUCUGUUUAGGGACAUGACCACAUUCGGAAGUUUUUGAUCAUGAAGCAAGAGUAAACAAUUUGAACUGGACCACACAAAUCUUAUUAAUUAUCCACCUCAAGCCACUAAAUACUAUAGCAAACACACUUCCCUUGCAUAUGGUGGGCAUUCAGAUCACCGCGGCGUUCACUCACGUGUGUUUGUGAGGGCUGAUUUCAGUCUCUAGUCCAGCUUUAAGAUGCAAUAUUCCAGCGUAACCAGAACAGUUGGUAAGUUGGGCACAGUUUGUGCAGGAAUUUGACAAAGGGGUCAGAAAAGACUGAAAAACCUGGAAACUGACCUAGCAUUGGGAUCCAAGGAGUAUUAAAAACACAUCUGCAAAUAUAACCGUCAGACCUCAGGUCUGAAGAUGAUACAGGCCCUGGGACAGAACACAGCACACACACAGGCUUAAUUAAGCUCUGCUGCAGGAAGAGGCGGUGGGGGCUCCCCACCCCAGGUCUUACCAGCAGAGGGCCCGGGCACAGCCCUGCCUCCCAGCCGUAAAUAGCUGUGAUAAGGCUCCUGAGUUAUGAACUUUAAAUGACAUACAGCACGCAAGGUGCUCAGCCUGGUGGCUAACACAGAAAGCGCUCGUUAAAUAAAUGUGAACUAUAUCAAGACAACGUAAAUGUA